UCGCGCCCGGGAUCGAACCGGGAACCUUCUCGGACCUUGUUGUGAGCGAGACGCCAUGACCAUUAGGCCACGCGACUUGAUAUUGCAUUUCAGCAAUCUUUGCCACUAUGAGGGGUUCGGAAUUUCUAUUAUGCUAUUUUUAGCAUCAAACUUUCUAUACCCUCAAACUUAUAACUAUUAUAGUCAAGCUAGUAAAUCAUUUGAGGAAACAAUUAUUAAUAAUCAAGUCGCGUGGCCUAAUGGUCAUGGCGUCUCGCUCACAACACGGUCCGAGAAGGUUCCCGGUUCGAUCCCGGGCGCGACUAUGUUUUUUUCUUCCAAGGUUGGCUUAACCUUGGAUUGCCAGCAACCCCGGGCCUACAAAAGUCAAGUCGGAAAGCAAAUACUUAAGGUUUGA